AUGCUGAUCGAUUUCUUCGAUAUCAACGGCAUCGUGAUGACUGAAUGGGUUCCACAGGGUCAAACUAUGAACCAACAUUACUAUUUGACAGUUUUGCAACAUUGCGCGAAUAAGUUCGUAAGAAACGGUCGAUAUUGUGCACCAGGAUAACGCACCUACCCAUAACGCGCUGUCUGUGAAGCGUUAUUUGGCCGCUUAAGGCACUCCAGUACUCGAACACGCGUCAUACUCACCCGACUUGGCACCNUUUCCGAAGAUAAAGUCUGCCUUAAAAGGAAUCCGGUUUGAGUCGAUGGAAGAGGUGAAACAAAAAUCGGCGGAACUCCUGAAUGGUCUUACGAAAACAGACUUCCAGCACUGCCUCGAGCAAUGGAAGAAACGAAUGAAACGGUGUGUGAAGAGGGGAGGAGAGUAUAUUGAAGGGAAACAUUUGGUUGUGGAAUAA